AAGAAAGGUAGGUUAUAAACCAACCGGGUGAUCGCGGCAUUAAGCAGCAAUUCAGGCCAACACCACCUUCCUCAUGCGUUUCAAGUCUUCACCAUCAACCUAACUCGGUAGCACUGACUCGCUCACCCACUCACCAAAUUGAAUUAGGAUCUCAUCGAAGAUUCGAUUUCAAUGGAGGGAGGAAGCGCCUCAUCACCCGUGACCCAGUACUGGCAGCAAUAUUCGAUGCUCUUCCAGCACUAUCUUGACAAAUCCACUCCCCACGCUGCUUACAGAUGGAUUGGGACUGCGAUCCUCGCGUCAAUCUACAUUCUGCGUGUGUUUUAUCUGCAGGGGUUUUACAUUGUCUCUUACGGCCUCGGAAUCUACCUCCUCAAUCUCUUGAUCGGGUUUCUUUCACCUCUCGUUGAUCCUCAGCUCGAACCUUCUGAUUCCGCUGUGCUCCCUACCAAGGGCUCUGAUGAGUUCAAACCCUUCAUUCGCAGGCUUCCUGAGUUUAAGUUCUGGUAUUCUUUCACCAAGGCUUGCUGCGUAGGGUUUGUGAUGACCUUCUUUUCCGUAUUUGAUGUUCCUGUCUUCUGGCCUAUAUUACUCUGUUACUGGGCUGUUCUCUUUGUCCUUACCAUGAGGCGCCAGAUUGCACACAUGAUCAAAUACAAGUAUAUCCCAUUCAACAUCGGAAAGCAGAAGUAUGGCAGUAACAAAUCUUCUGCAAGUCGUAGGGGCUCUAGAGCAGAGUAAACCUUGGAUGUGUUAUGAUUCAAAGGGCACUAAAUUUACUGGAUGAAAACCAAGGUAGGUUUUGGGAACAUUCAGGGUAGUUAAUUUUUACCCUUUUUCUGAAGGAAAUUGUAUUCAGAGUUUUAUGGAUGUUGGUAUGAAGUUGCCAAAAAUCUUGGUUUUCAAUUGUUUUAUUAUAUGGCCUGGAGGCAUGCUAAUACUGAUAGUGAAAUUCAUUGUUGAUACACAUCCGUAUUUAAUUUUGGAUUGCCUUGUAAAUCUCUGCUUGUAUUGAGUUUUGGAUUUUCAUGUAAAUCUCUGUUUGUACUGUGAACUUUUGGUGCUGCAA